AUGGUUGCCAACCUGAUUGACGUCCAUGUCGUGCUGGAGCAACCGAUGUCAUCGGUGUUCGACGAAUUACCAUUCUUGGCCGACUACAUGGCGAGGAUGAUCCGGGUGCCGACAUGGCUCGGCAGUUUCGGGGCCCCCACGGCGAAACCUUUGAAGUUGUUCACGACAUCGGACAAGUUUCGAGGGCUGAGGCGGUCGAUAUCGAGGAUCGGUCAGCCGCUGGCAAAGCUCUACACCACCACGCAUGGCAAGACUUCUGGGAAGAAAACGCACAUGAAGGACAGCGAGAAAUACACGAAGGAGUUCGCGGCUGCGGUUAUGGCGGCAGCAUCCGGGGAGCUCGGUGGGGGGCCACCGCAAGCAGAUGUGCGCCUCGCUGAUUUGGAGGACGACAUCGGAGUCGCGGGGUCACCGCAGAAGUUGCCGCCUCGCAGGGGCAAGGGCGGCGUCGCUGGCGCCCGCGGUGGGAAGCGGGCCAGCGCCAGGGGGGGUGGCAGACACAAGAAACGGAUGAAGUUCGGCCCCUCUGACGAUGAAGGCGCAGAUGCGAACGGCGAGGGCCAGGGCGCGGCCGCGGCCGCCACCGACUGCCCGGACGGCGAGAAGCACCACUGCCCUGUCUGCGAGCUCGAGGUGAACAUCUUCGACGACGAGACCAAGGCCACAGGGGCUGAUGCGGACGUGGUCUACUGGCACCACAAGUGCCGCGGCGCGGCCAGGUACCUGGAGAACGCCGCUCUUGCUCGCGACGCCCGGGAGCACGAUCCCGCUAAGAAGGUGCACAUGAGGAACUUGCGCGACGUGGAGAAGAACAACGUGACCCUCUGGCGGAAACAAGUGCUGGGCCUCGUCGUUGAAGACGGCCGCUAUCGGACUGCCGUGCAUAGGGACGCUGCCACCAAAAGCUUGGACACCCUGGAAACCUACAGCAGGAAGGAGCAGCUCGACGACGUGAUCAUGCUCGACUUCGAUGAGUUCUGCGCCCACCAUGCGUUCUGGAAGCGGUGGGAUGACGCUCGGUGUGAAAUCGAGUGGGACGCUGCCGUGAACGACCCGAGGAUCCUCAAGGAGGGCGAAGGGGUGAACCUCAGGGUCCCUGUUGCUCUGCCGAAGAAGUACAGGGGCAUCCAGGGCGUCGGGGAGAGUUCGGCCAUCCAGUCCGAGAAGGCACACGAAGGCAAGGAUGACAUCCAGCGGGCCAUGCAGCGGGUGAGAUCCGCCGCGAGCGGGUCGUCUGACCAGCUUGCGAACAUGGGUGGCCAGGCUCAGGCAGCUCUUCGUGUUGGCGCAGCUUUUCGCGGCGCGUCCUGGGGUCGUGGCGACGCAGCGGUGUUCCAAGACAAUCAUUUUAGCGUCUUCGGUCACGACUUCCUCUCCAACAGCUGCGGUCCAGCCCGCGGGGGCGCGCCGCUUGUGCAUGGCGUUCCAGCGCCCUGCCUGUCCCCGGCACCUCUCGUUGGCGGCGACGGGCAGCCUGCAACGUCGUCUGGGACGGCUACGCCGCUCGUGGCCGCGGGGGCCGGUGCUGCGCCAGGAACGCCGUUCGGAAUGCCAGUGCCGCCCGCAGAGACGCUGUCGGCGGCGAAGCCCAAGAAGGUUUGGACGGGCCCAGAGAUCUCCGCUGCCAAGAAGAAGCUGGGGGUCGACAUCACGGGCCUCCUGAAUGAGGUCUACCCGCCCAAGAGAGGAGGCUUCCUCAGGACCGCGCAGAACUUCGCCACGUCGCUCGGCGCAAAGUACCCGCAGAUGCUCAUUGAUGAGGUCGUGGCGGUAAACAUUACGGAGCUCGAGGCCGCGAUCAAGGAGAUCUCCGACAAGAAGAAUGCCGUGCCGAACUGCCCAGCGUCGAAGUUCGAGGAUAUGCAGGAGGAGGUGGCGGAUCUCGAGUCGACAGUUCAGCGCCUUGCCAGCCAGCUGAACGCAAGCAUGACUAAGAUCAAAGAUCACCAUGCCGCGACUCAGAAGAAAAUCAAGAGCGACGCCGCGAAGGAUCGGUAUCGACUCAACCAGUCAACCAAGCGAUUCACAGACAAGGGCUGCACUUUGAAGAUAGCCCAGCACCUGGACAACAUCGAGAAAGAGACGAAGAAUGGCGUGAAGGCGUCCUUGGUGAAGCCCAUGCUCGACGAUGCCGAGACGAAGGCCCUGGCGUCUAAGGGGCCCGGGCUCAUCGACCUUGCGAAGAACACGAACCUCAAUGAGCUCGUGAAGUUCUGCGACGCGGAGUUCCAGGAGAGGGCCAAGAGGCUCAUCGACCAUCUCAAAGCAGCCAACGGCAAGGGCAACCUGCAGCACGCCGUGACGAUUGAGCCUUCUACUCGCUACCUGGAGCUGUACAAUGUGCUGUUUGACAACGUCGUGGAAGGCGUCCCAGACUGCAUGCUCUUCCCCUGGAACGUCGGGAUCGCGGAGAACGCGUGCAGGUCGGGCUUCGACUGCACUGGCUUGGCGGGCCUGCCGCAGGUAGUCUACUGCGUCGCUGGGGAGGCCACGGUGCUCUUGGCUGACAUCGCGCAGCUCAUCCAGGGCGACGGCCAAGAAAUGGACGAUUUGGCCAAGCUCAUUACCCUAUUGGAAGGCUGCACGCUCGAGAUGCUUGGCGAUCGCUUGCGAUGGAUUGUGCUCGAGAAGGGCCAGCUCCUCUGGGUGCCUGCGGCAUUCGUGCCAUUCUAUAAGACCGCAACCAAGGGGGGGUGCGUCGUCUCCCAGAUCCCUGCGCUCAAUAAGCUCAACGUGGCGGCUGAUGGUCCCUUGGUCCAAACCUGGAAAAUGAUCAUCGACUCGCUGGCGAAGCACGCCUCCUUGCGGAAAGAUUGCAAUCCGUGGAAGAAGAUCUCAGACAAGCUGCCCAAACUGUGCGAUGCGAUCCAGAGGGAGGUCAAGCCCGAGCUCGACGUGAAGAAGGACGACGACGGCUCCAAGCUCGGCGUGAAGGACGACGACGGCUCCAAGCUCGACGCAGAGAAGGGCGACGGCUCCAAGCUCGACGCAGAGAAGGGCCCCGAGGACAGCUCCAAGGCGCCCGCGGGGGUCGGCGACGGCCGCGACAGCAAGGGCACCGAGGACUGA